AGACGAGAGGAGGCACCCCGCGGGCCCUAGCCUGGGUAGUGCUUUGCUUGCUGGUCUGGGCUUUGUGUCGUGGGUAGCCAGGCCUCUUCCCUCACGCAUCAGGAGGUUAAGGAAGUACCACGACGCUGGAAUUCACUGAUGCCCGGAUUUGUCUAGAGUUCAGACUCUAAAACACGGCAAAAAGGCGGGGAGUCCUGUCCUUCUGGUUCUGCCAUCCCCGGAGGGUGCAGAGUUCCUGCCCGGGCAAAUCUCAUUUUCCAAUGGAUGUUUGGGGGCAGGCUUCGCGCAGAGCAGGCACACGAUUGGCCGUAGAGUCUCUCCGCCCAGGUAGUAGGCGGGGCAGCGUGGUGACGUUUACACGGGGCGCAGGGACGGAGAGCGCGCGCUCGCAGACGCGGCGGUAUUAAACGGUUGCUGGCGCAGUGUGUUUGCUGUGGUCUUUCUCGGUCUCCGGCUUUUACUGCUGUGCUCGCCUGCUUGCUCUCAUCCUGUGAAGCCUAAACCGGCUACACCUUCCUCUUAACCUUAAACUGUAGCCGCGUCGUUGCGACACCGCCACCAUGUUCGAGGCGCGUCUGGUCCAGGGCUCCAUCCUGAAGAAGGUGCUGGAGGCGCUUAAGGACCUCAUCAACGAGGCCUGCUGGGACAUCAGCUCCAGCGGCGUGAACUUGCAAAGUAUGGACUCGUCCCACGUCUCCUUAGUGCAGCUUACCCUGCGCUCCGAGGGGUUCGACACGUACCGCUGCGACCGCAACCUGGCCAUGGGUGUGAACCUCACUAGCAUGUCCAAAAUACUAAAGUGUGCGGGCAACGAAGACAUCAUUACACUAAGGGCUGAAGAUAAUGCGGACACCUUGGCACUAGUUUUUGAAGCUCCAAACCAAGAAAAGGUUUCAGACUAUGAAAUGAAGUUAAUGGAUUUAGAUGUUGAACAACUUGGGAUUCCAGAACAAGAGUAUAGCUGUGUAGUAAAGAUGCCUUCUGGUGAAUUUGCACGUAUAUGCCGGGAUCUCAGUCACAUUGGAGAUGCUGUUGUAAUUUCCUGUGCAAAGGAUGGAGUGAAAUUUUCUGCAAGUGGGGAACUUGGAAAUGGAAAUAUUAAGUUGUCACAAACUAGUAAUGUUGAUAAAGAAGAAGAAGCUGUUACCAUAGAGAUGAAUGAGCCAGUUCAGCUAACCUUUGCACUGAGAUAUCUGAACUUCUUUACAAAAGCCACCCCACUUUCUCCUACAGUAACACUCAGUAUGUCUGCAGAUGUACCCCUGGUUGUAGAGUAUAAAAUUGCUGAUAUGGGACAUUUAAAGUACUAUCUGGCUCCCAAGAUCGAGGAUGAAGAAGGAUCUUAGGCGGUCUUAAAAUCCAAGAAAAUAAAACUAAGUUCUUUGAGAACUGCUUCAGAGAUUCCAGCUGUCCUUAAGUCUCCUGUCACCAAAUUUGUACCUCUGAGUACAUAUGUAGAUAAUGUUUUCUGUAAAUAACCUAUUUUUUUUGUCCAUUCUUUUUAACUUGUUAAAAGGAUAAAGUCCUAAGUCAAAUCUGGUCUUGUUAACCUAGAACUACUUCUGACUUAUAUAGAAAUACUCCUUAGGAUUUUUAUAACAGAGUUUUGACUAUUAAUGCAGUUUUAAGAAUUGUUUUCAAUUUAAAUAAAAGUUAUUUGAAUUUUAAACAUCAUAGGACAGUGCCUUCAUUUGGGCCAUGACUGUUACAAGUAUUCUAGGGAAUUCACAGCCAGUGCUACCUUUUCAUGUAAAUGUGUUUACUUUUUUAAUCUAGAGCAGUCAGAUAUAAAUAUACUAGAUACAGCCUUAAAAAGACACUCCAAAUACAGGUGACAAGAUAUUCUGGGGGAUUCAUUUGCCAAACUUAAUUUGUUAUUAUACUAAUUUGAGCUCCAAUGAACAGAGGAGAACAAAUCCUAUGUAUUUCAUUAUUUUGUCAUUUGUUAGUAAAAUAACAUUUUUUUUUUUAGAAGCUUUUGAUGUACUCAAAGUUUAUGUGGGUUUUGUAAGAUUGGCAUUGUUAUAGGGCGGUGUUUCUUUAGCCUAGGGAGCCUUUUACAAGUGAGAAGACCUAGUCGAACUCUAUGGUCCUAACUUCCUUUUCAUAAAACUAUGGUGCUAACUUCCUGUCUCCCUGUCUUAAAUACCCUCCAUCUUAGCUCACACGCCAGAAUGUGCACAUAGCUUGCUGGGUCUGUAUGCGCUGGUGCUGGGUUGCAGCCCUUUUUUCCUUUUCCCAAAUAAAUCCUUUUUGGUGAUGAAA